UGCGAGAAUUCUAUAAAAAACUAUACUAAAAUACAGCAAAAUUUGACUCACUCAAAUUUCAGUUCUGGUAUGUAAUCAUUUGUUCCAAGGUGUGUUUGGUUUACCCAUAAAACAAAAUCCAUAAAACACCCGCUUAUUGUCAUAUAUAUAAACCCUAAUCAUAAUAAUAUAUACAUAAGGUGUGUGACAUCGCAAUAUUAAUUGAGGAAAAGGAAAAGGAAAAUGGCGUCGUAUAUGAGCAUGGGGGAAGCACACAGAAGGAUAACAGAGUAUCUGAACAGAUUCAACGACGUCGUUUCAUAUCAAGACCCAACUUCCCUCAAACACCUCCUUUCCCUCUCCUCUGAAUCCCCUUCUUUCCUUUCCUUAGCUGAUGCCCUCAACAUCUUCCAGGAUGCUAACAGAUUGAUCAGGCAAUCAGAUAAGUUUUCCCAAUAUGCCGAAAUAGUUGCUCCGUUAUUUCGGGCUAUGCAAAGUUAUAGGAUCGGACAUCUGGCUGAAGCAUACCAGGCAUUUGAGAAAUCUGCGAAUGCUUUCAUUCAGGAAUUCAGGAACUGGGAAUCAGCAUGGGCGUUAGAAGCAUUGUACGUAGUUGUAUAUGAAAUUAGGAUUCUUGCUGAGAAGGCUGACAGAGAGUUGGCUUCAAAUGGAAAAACACCUGAGAAACUAAAGGCAGCUGGGUCAUUCCUCAUGAAAGUCUUUGGAGUUCUUGCUGGAAAAGGGCCAAAACGUGUAGGAGCUCUAUAUGUCACUUGCCAGUUGUUCAAAGUGUAUUUCAAGCUUGGCACCGUCCAUCUUUGCCGAAGUGUGAUAAGAAGCAUUGAAACUGCUCGUAUAUUUGAUUUUGAGGAAUUUCCUGUAAGGGAUAAGGUAACCUACAUGUACUACACUGGUCGGCUGGAAGUGCUCAAUGAAAAUUUUCCAGCAGCUGAUCAUAAAUUGUCAUAUGCUUUAACACAUUGUGACCCUGAAAGUGAAGCAAACUUAAGGAGGAUCUUGAAAUAUCUGAUACCUGUAAAGCUCUCGAUAGGGAUCCUACCUAAAAGAUCGCUCCUAGAGAAACAUAACCUGGUCGAGUAUAGUGACAUUGUGCUAGCUAUGAGGAGAGGUGAUCUCAGACUUCUUAGACAUGCUCUUGAGGAGCAUGAAGACCGAUUCUUGAGAUCAGGUGUUUAUCUUGUCCUUGAAAAGCUAGAGCUUCAAGUCUACCAACGUCUUGUAAAGAAAAUUUAUAUCAUCCAAAAGCAGAAGGACCCAAGCAAGGCUCACCAGAUCAAGUUAGAAGUGAUUGUUAAAGCCUUGAAAUGGCUUGAUAUGGAGAUGGAUUUGGAUGAGGUUGAAUGCAUAAUGUCAAUUUUGAUUUACAAGAAUCUGGUGAAAGGUUACUUCGCUCACAAAAGCAAAGUGGCUGUUUUAAGCAAACAGGACCCAUUCCCUAAACUAAAUGGCAAGCCAAUCAACUCGUAGCAUGGAUUCAUCAACCUGACAUGUGAUUGGAAUGUUUUCAACGAGAACACACUGGCAUUUUGGGGAAGGCUGACAAUGACCAAAAGCGUGCCAAUAACUAUGUUGUAUUUAUGGGCUCUGCAAUGAAGCUGCUGUAAUUGCUGUCAUCUAUGCUUGACAUAGAUAAAACUUUAACCAUUCACAAUUUGAUGUCUUCGUCGUCUUCAAUGGAUAUUAGACUUUUGAGGGUCAUUGUGCCUUAAGAGCUAAACGUGUAUCUGAAUCAAAUAUUUGUAGAAGUUAGUUAAUUUUGAAUUUAGUUGAGCAGAAAGUUGAAAGCUAAUUAGCUAAAUAGACCUUUACACAUUUACUAUAUUUGAAGUUGGAACUCUCUUAUAAUUCUAAA